CGAGUGCGCAGGCGCAGCCUUCGGGUUUCCCCGGCUACAGUCGGCGCUUCGGCCCGCUAGUCCGCCGCCGGCUCUUCCGCCGCCCUGCGCCAUGGCGGGCUGCGCGGCGCGGGUUCCGCCGGGCUCCGAGGCGCGCCUCAGCCUCGCUACCUUCCUGCUGGGCGCCUCGGUGCUCGCUCUGCCGCUGCUCACGCGCGCCGGCCUGCAGGGCCGCACCGGACUGGCGCUCUACGUGGCCGGGCUCAACGCGCUACUGCUGCUGCUCUACCGGCCGCCGCGCUACCAGAUAGCCAUCCGGGCUUGUUUCCUUGGCUUUGUGUUUGGCUGCGGUGUGCUGCUAAGUUUCAGCCAGUCCUCUUGGAAUCACUUUGGCUGGUACGUGUGCUCGCUGUCAUUAUUCCACUAUUCUGAGUACUUAGUGACAGCUGUCAAUAAUCCCAAAAGUCUGUCCCUGGACUCCUUCCUCCUGAAUCACAGUCUGGAGUACACAGUGGCUGCUCUUUCUUCUUGGAUAGAGUUCACACUUGAAAACAUCUUCUGGCCAGAACUGAAGCAGAUCAGUUGGCUCAGUACCACUGGACUGCUGAUGGUGGUCUUCGGAGAGUGCCUGAGGAAAGCCGCCAUGUUCACGGCUGGCUCCAAUUUCAACCACGUGGUGCAGAGUGAGAAGUCCGACACCCACACUCUAGUGACAAGCGGGGUGUAUGCCUGGUUCCGGCACCCCUCCUAUGUGGGCUGGUUUUACUGGAGUAUCGGAACUCAGGUGAUGCUGUGUAACCCCAUCUGUGGGGUUGUCUACGCCCUGACAGUGUGGCGCUUCUUUCGUGAUCGCACAGAAGAGGAGGAGAUCUCGCUGAUUCACUUUUUUGGGGAGGAGUACUUGGAGUAUAAGAAGAGAGUGCCCACGGGCCUGCCUUUCAUAAAGGGAGUCAAGGUGGAGCUAUGACGGGCAGCGGCCUGUGGGGCCAGGGAAUCUCUGGCCCUGCGCAGCCUAGGACCAAACUACUUCGAGCUGGCCACUGCAGAAUGAGUUUCUUAAUCAUUUUAUACGUCACUAAUUACUCCUCAGAAUGUCACUCAAAACCCAAUGGUCAGAAGGCCUUAGGACCAAAGGACCCACUGCAGCAUCCUCUUCCUGUGUGGGAUGACGGUAGAACAUGGACAAACAGUGAACAAGGAGCAUGUCACAAUGGUUCAUCAGUGCCCUUUCUCCAGUGGUGGGGUGAGGACUCACGCCACAGUCUCACACCCCCUCAGGUCAGAGUGUGUUUACACGGUGACCAGGAUACUCAGGAGAGGACACUGCCCUCUGCAGCACUUAGGCCAGAGUAUGUAGUCAGAGUUGCCACACAAUAGCAUUCAAAUUGCAUCAAAAAACCUUUAACCGAAAACACAACAUAGCUUUAACUUUUGUCUGCCGUAAGUGCGUGAAUGUCUCUGUAUUAACUCUAAAGGCCUCGACACUUCGGCUCAUACAUUUACUCAUAUUCACACACCACUUCCCUAGAUAGCAGUGGAGAUUCAAAGGGACACUGAUGCUCCAGGUUGUAUUUGGCAACAGGUAGUGCAGAUCCCUCAAAGUGCUCUGUGGCUUUGAGCAGCCAUUGCACCUGGGCCUGAGGAUGCGGGCCCGGGGUCUCCUGCAGCCCUGGCCUCAGCGAUUCUGUUCUCCAGGAAGUAUUUACCAGGUGCCUGUGCUACUGUUGAGAAAUACUGCCCUCUGUGUGUUUGGGAUUUUUAGUCUCAUUUUACCACAGCUUGUGUUUUGUAUUUUUUGUGUUGCAGUGCAGUGUGAGCCUGUCACAUUGGUUUUCCAGAGGGUAGGCACAGCUCAUGCCCCUACGAGUUCAGGCGGGUGACCCUUAAACAGCCGUCAGUCUGGCAGUGCAGUCCGUGGUCCAUUGGCGUCUUUGUUCUGCGGGUCUGAACAUUAGCUUUUUCUAUAUUGCACAUAGAAGCUUUAAGAGGUGCAACCCCUGAUUAAUCUGGGCUUGGUCUUGAUGAAAUCUUCCAAACUGGGGGUUUUGUUUGUUCUCCAAGCUUCUACUUCAGAUGUAGAAGAGUCUUAAGUAUCCAACAGACAAACGUGAGCACACUGGAUAAAGAAUCCCUCCGAAAAUUGUAGUGUGUGUUAGCUAACACACUUGGUCCUGAUAACAGCAUGCUCCAGUGUGCCUGCCUGACUGCCGUCUCCAACAGGUCAGCCCGCAGUGCUCUGUGCAGCCGGGCGCUCAGACUGGAGAACAGCCGUCCUUCAUCCUUGUCCCAGUACCACUGAGCAGACACUAACUGACACCCUGCAGGCCUGAAAAGACCAGAUCCUUAGUAUUCCUGGCCUUCAGUCUAGCCGUCUGGUAAUCCUCACGGACAGCCAUGGCCUCCCAGGCCUCAGAGGACUGUCCCUUCAUGAGCACACCAGUGCAUAGAAGCACACUUGGCAAAUAUCAGCUCAGGCGAGCCCAGGCCCCAAUGUCCAUGGUGUUGCUAAGCAUGCUGGCAGCUUGCGGUAGGUACCAUAUUGUGGGGUUGGUAAUUAAUGCCAACCUUGAAGCCAUUGGGACACCAGUCCACAAAGUGGGUGCUGCACUGGGACUUGAUGUUGGCACCGGUGGUGUUGAUGUCUUUGGGAACCGCAUCACAACAGUGCAGCCAGCAGGGAAACCCAUUGACCGUGGUGACCCACAUUUCCCUGGUUGGCUUCCUCAGCAGAGAGAAUGGGCGUGGAUGGCUGGUGGGAAGUAGAUGCAGGAAUGGGUACCUGGUGGGUCUGCAGAUGUGUCCUAUGCAUACUCAGAGGCCCAGCAACUCUGGAGGACUCCGUGAUGGAGGGCAUUCUGGCCAAGAGGGUGGUUAAAGUUAAUAUGGGCUGAGUGCUGAAUAUUGAGAUGUCCUAGGACCUUGUCAGACAAGGAGGACCGGUCAGGUGGGUGGUUAGUAUUGUGCUGUAGGAUUCAGAGUUGUUGAAACCUUGAGGGCUAUAUAAAUGGGGAAUUCUAGCUUGUUCUUGCCAUAAUAGGCAUUCCAUCAACAGGGAGGUGACCCCAGUACCUACUCCUCCACCAAAACUUUUGAGAAUCCAGAAACCUCAGCGACUUGUGCACUGGUCAGUCAGCCCGAGAAGCCAGGGAAGCAGGCAGAGCGGAGAAUUCCCCCAGCGGGAAGCGCUCUGGGGCCAGCCUGCAGGCUUCACUCACCGCUCAGGAGUAGGCAUCUGAAACUGGCUCACACAGCGGCCUGCAGGGCCUGAGUGAACCACCAGACUGACUUGCUAAUAGGCCAGAGCCUGCAGUGGCACUAACUGUGAGGGUGAAGGUGGUGGGAUGUGCCCAGCGCUGCCUCCUCACCCUCACGCCCUUCUGGGCUCAGGCUCCCCAGCGGUAGGUUGGGGCCAGCACCACCUACCUACCUCACAGGGUUGUUGUGAGGAACAGUGUCAGCUUUGGUUUUUGUUUGUUUUAAAGAUCAGAGAUUUUAUUAAUUCUUUUGCAAUUUCAUUGUAUAGUGUAUAUUUAUCAUAUUUAAUCUCAACCCCCUCCCAACUUCUCCCACAUUCAUGCCCCCUUCCAGACUCAUCUCCUUUGUGUCCUCUUUAUUUUUCCUUGAAACAAUUUUUUGUUUACUUAGCGUUUUUAUUGAGUCAUGGGAUUUUCACAUCAUGUACCCCAAUUCUUCUCACCUCCUGGUCUCCUCCCAGUGUCAGGUGUUUUAAUGCUUAGGUGAGCCAGAUGGCAUAAUGAAAUCUUUCAGUAUGAGAACUGGGUUUCUAUGUGUUAACUGAAGAUACCUGAUGUAUAUUCAAAAAACAGCUAGCCAGCUCAGAAGAAAUUUAUUUUCAGAUUACAUGGUUAAUUUUUUGUUGUUGUUGUUCUGUAUACCAAAGAGGCUUACAGGUUUGCCAGUAUCAGCAUGAGGCCAGUUGCUUUAGGAGCUGCCAGCCCUCAGGACUUCCUGAGGCAUGCAGAGUUCUGUGGUAGCCAUGACUAUUGCCCACACCUAGCUGCCCAGGAAUAACCGUGUUGGGACAGCAAUACUCAGUUUUGAAAUGUGAGUGGAUCCAGACCACACCUCCCGAAGCUCACCUCACUCACCAGGCUACAAAUGGGAGGGAGGGACGUUUGGCAGUCAGACCCAGCUAUUUCUCAGCCUGCAUCCCCCUUGAGGGCCGUGAGGUUGUCUUUUUGAUGAGUGGAGAGCAGCCCUUGGCAUUGUGGAGGGUAAGGCUGAAUGUUGGCAUUUGAUGCCACCCUCCACCUGCCAGAGGCUGGAAAGCUCAGCCUUGUGGCAGGGCCAGGAGAGAGGGAGCCCAGGCUGUGGGAUCUCUUGGUGAGAGGCUUCAUUGUACCCUAGGAGAGUUUGUGUUUUUUAAGGAAUAAUUCCACGGUGCGAGUGGAGGAAGAACAGGCCCACUCCUGAAACUUGUGGGUGAAAGUCAGCAGUCCACAAUGGAAUAUGAGCUCCUUAGUGGAAGGAUUUGGCCGCUUAUUGCUUUCCUCUGGCUGUAGUCCAGAGAUUAUCCUUAACUUUAUAAAUGUAGCAGUGACAGGUGGUGGCAGAGAAUCAGGCUAAUGAGGCUUUUCAGGUAUUAGGCCGCCAUGUCCUAGGACUUCCACAGAUUACAGAACCAUCAGGAGACUGUCUAGUUGCAGGCUUCAGAUUGGAAGUUCUUGGGUGGAAAGUAGGUACCACACAGAGAAAAGCCUACUUGGCAAUCAUGGAAACAUUCAGGAGGCCCUGCAGUUUGCAGAGGAAUGAGCCUUCAAUCAGGGCAGAAAACACACAGCAGUGGCCUUGGUGGUAGCUGCUGCUUGGUCCUAGGAUGUACACUUUAUUAAUUCUUCCCACGUAGUUGCUGACUUGGGGGCUGGUGUGUCAGGGAGGCCAUUUUUAGCGUCAGGUCCCUGAGGGCUCAGCCAAAGCUCCUAGGUCCUCUUCUCCCGCCAUCUCCCUGCCUUAGGUAGCUCCCCUUUUACAGUGGCAGCAAGGUCAGUGCCCUCAGCCUUCCCGAUGGGCGGGCGGGCAGCUUACAGCUCUGGGAAGCUUGUACCUCCUCUUCCUGAGCCUGGCCAGCCUCCGUCCUGAGUGAGUGGAGGCUGCUUGUCUGACCCAUUGAAAGGAGGGGGAUUACGGAGUAAUUACUGUACUCUUCUUUUUACACACAGAAAUGUUUAUUUAAAUAUAUUAAAUGGGAUUUUCUUUCACAGAUACUGAUUAUUCUUUUUAAUUAAAUAAAACUGUACUUGAUUUCACUAUGAA